AUGCCUUCUCCAGCGCAGAGUCCAGCAGGUGCCGUCCUCUUCAUCCUCUUUCUCGUGUGGAUGCUAUUCCCAGAAGGCGACUACCGAAGCCAAUCUCUUGCCCUGUCCGACUUGGCUGUUGAUCGACUCGCGCGAUACCGAGAUGCCCUCCACGUGCUGAACACGACGAGGUGGGGGGACUUUGCGCCCCAGAACAAAACCACCGACGAUGGACGUGAAGCAAAGCAUUUGAACCUUACGGGUUUCAGGGAAACAGACGGUUUCGCAUGGGACGAUUUAGAAACAUUCAGACAAAAGGGUCUGAAGCUGAGCCGACAUGCUGUUCCGCCCGUGGACGGCCAUCAGCUUUGGGAUGUGGCGCAGGGAGAGGCAAUGUGGACAAAUGCCUCGGGAACCGUCCAUGGGGACUGGGUUCGCAAGCCGGGCUCUGCUUUCCGCGGCUACGACAGCUACAACUUGUCCAGGAGCGUGCCCGAGGUGGAAUGGAUGGCGCACAAGGUCGAGUGGGCGCGCAACGUGACGGGCAAUGCUGGCAGGAUGAUGCUCCGACUGAGUGGGAAUAAGACGCUCACUCAUUACGAACAGCUGUCCAUGGACAUGGCGCCGUUGUCGGGCGGCAUCAUCCGCAGUUUGAGAGGCACAGCUACCAUCGAGGACACCAUUGGCUCGGGUUUGAACUGGGAGAUGAAGCUCUGGGGCGUCCAUUGGCCGCGGCAGGGCGUCAUCCUCAUGACGACGACGAGCGAGAAGUUUGAAGGCAUCUUUGCUUUGCCGCACUUGUCACCUGGCCCGGAUUUCUUCCAGUCGAGCCAGAUGUUGCUGAACCAGACGCUGGCCCGCGUCAUCCGCCGCAAAGAGAAGCACGUCUACGUCGAUCAACGGAUGCCGUGGAACUCGGACAUUGAAAACCCCAUGUACACAGCGUAUCCCUCACCGCACUGCGAAUAUAUCAUGUACGCCCAGGUUCAUCCGCCCAUUCCUCCCAAGCCGACCGAAGGCCAAGACGCGGCUCCAGGAGCCGUGGGAGACACCAUCAACGCCAUAGAGUCGGAGCUCCAGUAUCCCGUCGGCGCACCCAUCCCACGGAUACCCAAGCUCAAAAUGUCCGCCGUCGUAUACUCCCCGGACUGUUCGUUCUUUCUCGAGACCAAAGGACCGCCGGAUUACCCGCUCAGUGAAGCCGAUCAUCUCGUCGGCAUGAAGAAGGAAGUACAGACGCAUCAAAUUAAGACAUGGCUGUUGCUCUACGCACUGGUGGUGUUCGGCCAAGUCCGUCUUCUCCGAGACCAAAUGAAGGAAUCCUUCACGCCGUCCACCAUGGGCAGAAUUAGCUUCGGCACCAUCAGCGCCAUGUUGAUUGUCGAUGGAAUGACUUUCACCGCCGCAGCAACAUGGGUGUCCUCUGCAGCGGCCACCUUCUUGCCCACGCUGGCACUAAUGUUUGCCUCGUUUCUGAGCAUGACCAUUGGAGGAAGUUUCCUGGCAAAGAUAUACGAAGUCCAACUCCCCGAGAGCAGAGGCCGUCGCGAUCAGUCCUCCUCAUCCACCACAACCGCACAAGAUAGUUCCGCCAACUCCAUCGCUGCAACUCCUACACCAGGUCUACUCCCAGGCCCAGUGACGGCCUCUCAGCGCGUUGAAACACCCAUCAUCAUCCCCUCGGACCAAGAUAUAUCCGCUGAAAUUGCCGCGGCUGCCUCUGCCAUUCCCACUGCCAACCGCAGCAGCCCUUCCACCCCAGAAACACCAACCUUCCAAGCCAUCAUCGGCAGAUUCAUCUUAUUCUCUCUCUGCGUCUCCUUCCUCGCCAUCUCCUCGUCAACAUGGUACCCCCGCCCGCGGUCCGUAUUCCUCAACACCUGCGCAUUCAUCUACCUGUCCAUGUGGACGCCCCAAAUCUACCGCAACACUCUGCGCAACUGCCGCCGCGCGCUCGCAUGGCCCUUUGUCCUCGGCCAGUCUGUCCUGCGCCUCCUCCCUAUUGCCUACUUCUGGGUCAAGGAAGACAAUUUCCUCUACGCAACCACCGAUGUACCUGCGUUUGUGUUCCUCGCAGGCUGGGUCUGGAUCCAAGUCGUUGUCCUAGCCGCGCAACAAAUCGUCGGUCCUCGAUUCGGCGUGCCGCUGUCCUGGACCCCCGACGCGUGGGACUAUCACCCUGUUCUGCGAGAGGACAAUCUCGAGGGAGGUGGCCUGCCCAUCGGCCUGGUGGUCCCCGAGGAACGAAACAGCCUGGAUAGAGCCCUGGCAGGGGCUGAAAAGACCGGUGUCAGGCAUAUAGAUUGCGCCAUCUGCAGGGAGGUGCUGGAGGUGCCUGUCGUCAAAGCCGGCGAGGAGGAGUCCAGCGUGUCGGGCGUCUUCGCGCGGAGAAUGUACAUGGUGACUCCGUGCAGACACAUCUUUCAUACGGCGUGUUUGGAGAGCUGGCUGCGGUUUAGGCUGCAGUGUCCUAUUUGCAGGGACGAGUUGCCGCCCAUUUGA